AUGCCGUGCCCACAGCCAGAAGAUCCGCCACCAGACACCGCCGCAGCAAGCAAAGCGCACCAACCCCAGGUCCAGUGCUACCGCUGCCGCACCGCCACCGCCACCGCCCACUUCCGCGACGCCAGCUACUGCCUGCCCUGCGCAAGGGCAAACUUCGACCAAAAGACAAAGGCAGGCCUCGAGGCCGCACGAGGCGCCGGCAUCGCACGGUUCAUCAGCCGCGCAGCCACCACGCCCGCUUCAGGCCACAAUGAUCGCCAGGCCGUCAAUGCCAGCCUCGCCCUCGGCUUCAGCGCCGGCCUAUCCAGCUCCGUCCUCCUCCGCACCGCCACCCAAUACUUCCGCCCCGACAACCAGCGAGGGCGCACCGAGAAAGAGAGGGAAAACGCCACCGAGAACGAUGACGGCACCGGCUCGGUGACCAGUAAGAUGUCCGCCUUGAACGCGGGCCUCGGCAGGACCUCGGAGGUGGCCAAGGUCUACGUCAUCUUCAUCGACGACAGCGCCAUCAUCCCCGACGGCCGCGAUCGGACCGCAGACGCGCGCGCUCUCUUCGAAGCCGAGGCCUGCGACGACUUUGAAUUCGUCGGCCUCAAGCUGGAGGACGUCUAUCUAGCGGACGGCGAAAGCGAAGGCGGCUGCGCGGUCGCCUGCAGCGCAGAGUCCGGGCCAGAUCGCUUGCUCUCGCCCUCGACGGUGCGUGUCGACGACCGCAGGGCAGCGCUGCGAUCCCUGUUUGCGUCGCUUCACCCCGAGGACACUCCGCGCACCGGCAUCGCUUCGGCUAGGACGAGGACCGAGGAUCUCCACCGCAUCCUCGUCAACUACCUGCUCCGUCGCGAGGCCACCAGGCGUGGCUGCUCGGCCCUCAUGCUCGGAGAGAGCGGCACGCGCCUCUCGAUCCGCCUCAUCGAGUCGCUCGCAAAGGGCGGGGGCCACAAACUGCCCAUCGAGGGCUCCGACGCCGUCUGGAUCGAUGACCUGCUCGUGGCUAGACCGCUCAAGACCCAUCUGAUCCAGGAGGUCAAGUUCUUCGCCGAGGCCAACAACGUCCGCUGGCUUCCGGACCAGGACCUGGUGCCGUCAGCAGUGCCGGCCGGCUCGGCCUACAAUGCAUCUGGCGAGCCGCUGAUGGACAAGAGCAGCAUCGGCCGCCUGACUGAGACCUUCAUCCUCAAUCUCGAACGAGGCGUACCCUCGACUGUCAGCACGAUUGGCAAGACUGGCAGCAAGCUCGUCCUCAAGCCUGAGGAAGGCUCCGAACCACUAGCAACGGCAACGGCACCGGCACUGACACCGGCACCAGCAGCAACUGCCGCACCGGCGACGACGACGACGACGACGACAGCGCCUCCGAUCAGCGUGCCUGCGUUUGAGCAGGUAGGGCCAUCAGCGCCGCUGGGGCGCAAGGCGCGCAAAGCCAAGGCCAAGGAAGCGGCGUCGAAUGGAAGCUCGAUGGUGCUCGAGCCGCGCGUCGGGGCGCGGGGCAGCCGGCUCGCCCACGCUGCGCGCAGCCUGCCACGGUGGGCCGCCAGCGAGACUCGACGGGCCUGUCCGCUCUGCUACAUGCCGGCGGGCCAGGGCGCAAAGGACUGGAAGAACGAGAUCACCAUCUCGACCCUCGAUGGCAUCUCGGAUGAGGUCAAGAAAGAGCCCGCAGCGCGGGCGCAGGAGACCGACGACCGGGUGGACCUUGCAUCAUUGCUGUGCUACGCCUGCAUCCUGAUGCUCGAGACGCCCGAGCGGCCUUUGCUGGUCCACGCGACGGAUCGCGGAGGCGGACAGAGGGACGCGGACGCAAGCAUGCUGCUGCCGCCUUACGUCCUGUCCAACGUGCGGCAUCGCCUCUCCGACGCCGAUGCCGUCGAUGCAGCGUCGAAAGGGGCGGGCGACGCAGGCGGAUGGGAUGGGCAGGUGGCCGAGACGGACGCGGAUAUCGAGGCGUCGCUGGACGCCGCGGCUGACGGGGGUAGGCGGCAGAUGGCGGCUGGCGCUGCAUCGCAGCAGGGUCAGGUGCCGCGCAAGGUGGGCAGGAACGAGAUGCGGCAGAGGAUUGACGAGUUCCUGCUGCCCACCGAGGGCGAUGAUGACGAUGACGAGCAGCAUCAGCAGGAUGUCGAGCAGGGGCGAUGCUAG